AUGCGGGUUCAUACAGUGGUGCCCGGAAUAGAAAACCAAGUGUCACGACCAAACAACAUGAACGAGAAGCUUCCUUUAGAACUAGAGAAAGCAUAUCCUCCGCCUCCCAAUUCCGAAAGCUAUGUCGUUGAUUUCGACGGGCCUCAUGACCCAGAACAUCCCUACAAUUGGAGACUUUCUACCAAGCUUUUUUUCUCUAUCCUGGUCUGCUCAGGAACAUUAAUCGCUUCAUUAAACAGCGCCAUCUUUGCUCCGGGUAUCGACAAUGCCAGCGCAGAAUUCAACGUCAGCUCCGAAGUCGGAUCACUUGGAACAUCCCUCUACGUCUUCGGCUUCGCAUGCGGACCCAUGAUCUGGGCUCCCGCCUCUGAGCUACGAGGACGAAAAUGGCCCUUGACCAUUGCCAUGCUUGGCGAAGGUAUCUUCACAAUCGGAUCGGCCGUCUCCAAAGAUAUACAGACGUUGAUCAUAUGUCGCUUCUUCGCUGGUAUGUGUGGUGCAAGUCAACUCACCGUUGUCCCUGGUGUUCUCGCAGAUGUCUUCGACAAUACAUACCGUGGAAUGGCUAUCUCGCUGUAUGCAUUAACUGUCUUUGUCGGCCCGUUUACUGCGCCCUUUAUUGGGGGGUUUAUCACAACGAGCUAUCUAGGCUGGAGAUGGACCCUUUAUCUGCCGGCCAUUCUAAGCUUUUCUAAUGGUACCAUUUCAUUUCUCUUUCUGGGUGAAACCUAUGCUCCGUGUCUGCUUGUGGCGAAGGCGGCUCGUCUCCGUCGAGAUACUGGCAACUGGGCGAUUCAUGCGAGGCACGAGAAGAUCGAAGUGGACUUUAUGCAGCUUGUAGAAAAGUAUUUGACCCGGCCGAUGAAGAUGCUAAUUACUGAGCCGGUUAUUCUUCUUGUUUCUCUCUACAUGUCUUUUAUCUACGGGUUGGUUUAUGCGCUGCUCGAGGCAUAUCCGUAUGUCUUUCAACAUACAUAUGGCAUGAGGAUCGGGAUUGAUGGACUCCCUUUUAUUGGCUUGAUCAUAGGCCAGGUGUUGGCUUGCACUUUCAUUGUUUCCCAGCAGGGCAAAUAUGCACAAAUGCUGGCCGAGAACAAGAAUGUUCCCGUACCAGAAUGGCGACUCUCUCCCACCAUACUUGGGGCUCCAGUGUUCACUAUUGGAAUAUUCUGGUUUGGUUGGACGGGCUUCACCUCUGCAAUCCAUUGGGCCGUUCCCACUGCAGCGGGGGUAUUUAUUGGGUUCGGGGUUCUUUGCGUCUUUCUCCCAUGCUUCAACUACCUUGUCGACUCUUAUAUUUCGCUAGCUGCGUCUACUGUUGCCGCCAACAUUAUCCUCCGUUCAUCCGUCGCUUCAGGAUUUCCACUAUUCACCAAGCAAAUGUUUGAAAAUAUGGGGAUACAGUGGGCUUUGACAUUACUUGGAUGCCUGGCCGCGGUCAUGAUCCCGAUCCCUCUUGUAUUCAGGGCCUAUGGACCCCUACUCCGAGGGAAGAGUAAGCUUCUUCAACAAUUGUAA